AUUGAUAGGCUGGACGUGGAUAGCUUGUUUAGCAACAUUGAAUCUGUGCAUCAGAUAUCAGCCAAGCUGCUGUCGCUGCUGGAAGAGGCCACAACAGACGUGGAACCAGCCAUGCAAGUAAUCGGAGAGGUAUUCUUGCAGAUUAAAGGACCACUGGAAGAUAUUUAUAAAGUCUACUGCUAUCACCAUGAUGAAGCACAUGGUGUACUGGAGUCCUAUGAAAAGGAAGAAGAGCUGAAGCAACAUUUGAGCCACUGUAUCCAGUCCUUAAAGAAAAUAUACAUGCAAGAAGGCAAACCAAACUUAUUGGACAUGGGCUCUUUGAUGAUAAAACCAAUUCAGCGUGUGAUGAAAUACCCCCUAUUACUGUGUGAACUUCGGAAUUCUACCCCUCUUUCUCACCCAGAUUACAGAGCACUGGAGGAUGCUUUUGCUGCGGUGAAGGACAUUAAUGUUAACAUCAAUGAACUUAAAAGAAGAAAAGAUUUAGUUCUAAAAUAUAAGAAGAAUGAUGAGGAUGAAUCACUUAAAGACAAAUUAUCUAAACUAAAUAUUCAUUCAAUUAGCAAGAAAUCAAAAAGAGUGACAAAUCAUCUAAAAAUUCUGACCAGAGGAGAAUCACAGGUGAAAGACAAUACCUUUAACAGAGAAGAAAAGUUGUUUAGAUCUUUAGAGAAGACUGUGAGGCAUUGUGUGAAGAACAUUUCAUUCUGCCUUCAACACAUACAGGAUGCCAUGACCUUGGCUCUGCAGAGUGUAACAGAGCUCCGGGAGAUUUCUUAUAACAAAGAUGAGGAGGAAAGGGGCUAUUCAGAGACCCCGAGUAAUGUCCCAAAUCCCUCUCAUGACUUUGCAGCUCACUUACAGAGACUCGUCCUGACACCCCUGUCAGCCCUGUUGUCCUUAUUUCCAGGGCCUCAGAAACUCAUCCAGAAACGCUAUGACAAACUGCUGGACUACAACAGCUACCUGCAGCGGUCAGUGGGAGAUGAGUCAGACUUGGCCAAAAAGGAGUAUGAGGCCCUCAAUGCCCAGCUUGUGGAAGAGCUCCAGGCGUUCAACCAGGCUGCUUGGAAGAUUCUGCUGAACUCUCUGUGCAGUUUCAUUACCCUCCUGAGGGACAUGAUGCUCAUGGCACAGCAAGCUUAUUCCACAGUGGUGCCGGUGCCACCACUGGUCUCAAGCAUUUCUGAGAUUCAGAAUCAAGUACUAGAAGAGGUUCAAAAUCUGAAUUUUGUAAAGGAUAAUAGUGCCAACUUUAUUGAGAGGAAACUUAGUUUUGAAAAGAAGAAGCCUGUGCAGAUUCUGCCAGAAGUGCUACGUCAAACUGAUAUUCACCGCUCCAAACUUCUAUCCACAUACAGUGCAGAGGAACUCUACCAAGCUAAGCGCAAGUGCAAUGCUACACAAGAAUAUGACAUCAAUCUUUUGGAAGGAGAGUUGGUAGCUGUGAUGGAACAGAAAGAUCCAAUGGGGAGUACAAGCAGGUGGCUUGUUGACACAGGAAUUGUAAAAGGAUAUGUGUAUUCCUCCUUCCUAAAACCCUACAAUCCAGCAAAAGUGCAGAAGGUGGAUGCUGAGAACAGGUUCUGUGAUGAUGAUUUUGAUAAUAUCAGCCUCUUUGUGUCUUCACGGCCAGCUAGUGACAGUGUCACAGACACUCCAGAAGGCAGUAUAAGUGAUAGCAGCUCCUCUCUUAGUGGCAUGUGUGGAAAGUUUGAAACAAACGGCACUGAUGUUGACAGUUUUCAAGAAGUAGAUGAACAGAUUUUCUAUGCAGUUCAUGCUUUUCAAGCACGGAGUGACCAUGAACUCAGCCUUCAGGAGUACCAAAGAGUCCAUAUACUUAGAUUUUGUGACCUAAGUGGCAAUAAAGAGUGGUGGUUAGCUGAAGCUCAAGGGCAGAAAGGAUACGUGCCUGCUAACUAUCUUGGGAAGAUGACUUAUGCUUAAGAAAAUAAGCCUUUGACUUUUAUUUUCUGGCAAAUUGUUGAUUGACUACCUCAUAAAACUGACAUUACAAAACUAUGGACCAAAAAGCAAGAAACCUCCGAAAUACAUAAACUGAUACUACAUCAGGUGUUAAGGAAGCUUGUACUUCUUCCAGGAUUAUUUCAUAGAUGUAUUAUAAAGAAUACAUGCUGAAGGAAAUACUAAGCCAACGGAAACAGCAAAGCAAACAACCCAAGCUCCAACUAUCAACUACUUAAAAGUGGAAAUCUUUCCGA